GCACAUACAGGAACUGGACUUUGCUGCCUCAGUCCUUCAUUUUCAAUCGACUGAUUAAGCCUUUCCUGGAGACUGCUCCCUCGUCAUGACUAGUCGUCUUAAGCGUAAGCUCAAUGACUUAGGCGUCGACCCUUCGAGCUCGAAGGCUAAUGAGAACUUUUGUCUGAUUGGAACACCUCUCCCACCGCUCGAGAAAUCGAGGGAUACGGGGGAGUUUGUCCCGCUGUGGAAGCAAGAGGUCCGAGAUGAGAAGGGUCGUAGACGACUGCACGGAGCAUUCACGGGUGGGUUCUCUGCAGGAUAUUUCAACUCUGUUGGCUCGAAAGAAGGGUGGACACCUUCUACGUUCAUGUCAUCGCGGGGUGACCGCGCCAAGAAGAAGGAGGUUCGACCAGAGGAUUUUAUGGACGAAGAAGACCUUGCAGAGCUGAGGGAAAGUAGGCAAUUGAUAGAUGAGAAUGAGGAGAUGGACUUAGGUGGUACCGAGGCCGAGCUCCGACGUCGAGCGGGUGCUGGUACUGAGGAGGACUCCAUGGCUUCAGCUGUCGCUGCCUCCCUAGCUCCUCCUUCACAAGACUCUGUAGGAGCACGUAUACUCAGAAAGAUGGGAUGGCGCCUCGGGCAAGGUAUCGGCCCACGAAUAACCUACGAGCAGCGCAACAAGCAAGAUCGCCAGGCAGGUAUUUCCAAGACUGAGGAUGAAAACGAUGAAGAAGCGAAAAAGCACAUGUAUCCGAGGAGGGACACGCCGCUGUUGCUCGUCUCGCGGAAGGACAACUCGCAUGGUCUGGGAUAUACGCCUGGUCUUAGCCUUAGUGAGUCCCUUGGAGGACGGGGUGGUGGAGAGCAAAGGGGUCCCCACCUAUCUGCGGGCUUUGGACUGGGCGCUCUAAACGAUGCUGACGAAGACGACCUGGACAUCUACGAUGGUGCCCUAGGAUCAAGAGGUCCAAAGACAAGAAUUGUCGCCUAUGACGCCACAGAGGACGAAGAUCAGAUUACCAUGGGCUCGUCAUCGAGGCGUAGACAGGACACUAGAACUCCAGCGCAGCCUCAAACAACACAGGCAUUUAAUGACGGACGACCUGUCCUCAAGGGUUUCAUCUUGUCCGAGCGGCCCGUGCAGGAAGAUGGAUGGUUUCCCAUACCAGAAGUACCUCCAGAGUGGAAACCUAAUCCGAGGCGAGUAUGGGAGGCUGGCGCAGACAAGGAGAACAGGCCUAUGGCGAAGGACAAAGAGCGAGAAGCCUACCAAACGCACGAAGAGUGGAAACGGAGUCAGCUCUCUGCAGAUGAGCGAGGUUCUAUGCUGGGCGAGACUCCGUUGCCUGCUCAGCAGCGGUCCAUCUUCGACUUGAUGUCCCAGAAGGACCGUGAGCGUCUGGAAAGCAUCCGAAAUAAUAUAACAGCGGGGAAACCAUCGACUCCAGAGCCAGAUCGGAGUGCUUCUUCUUCAUCGCAUCUACCUGGAGAGAUCGAUAUGCCGCACGUACACCCAUCAGUCGCAAAAGCCGCGCUUCAGGGGUUCCAGCCGUUCACAGCAGACCCGGCGAAGCAGUCACGCUAUACCGCCUUCCUCAACUAUGCCGCUGACUCGUCUGAUGGCGCCCAGCUUGGAUUCGGCCCGCUUCCAAGCCAGCGCGUAGAGGACUUCAACAAGGAGAUCGCAGACUACGCGAAAGCGGCGACAGUGUUCAAGCCGCUCUCGGGCGCGAUGGCAAGCCGAUUCAAGAGCGCCGCGAUCGUCGAGAUGGGCCCGAAAACCGUGGAGGGCCUGCAUACACCCGACGUCUCCGCGCCAGAGACGCCGCCGGAGGAGGAGGAGAAGGAGGAAGACCCCCGCAUGGCGGCCGUGCGCAUGGGCAUGUUUGGUCCGCUUACGCGCGAACUCAGUCCGUGGCAACCUGCAAGGCUACUCUGCAAACGAUUCGGCGUGAAGCCCCCAGAAGUAGAAGCAGACGCGGAUACGCCAGAGCACGCGGCAAGUACACCGGGCACGGGUGCAGGUGCUCCUGCGGAUACCGGUAUGGCCGCGCCCCCACCGCCGAUGAUCACGGACGGCGCUGCGGGCGUUGCACCUGCAAGUACGGAAAGUCAGGGGCCAAGGAACUUGGCCAACGUUGGGCUCGGGGAAGACGAGGAUCAAGGCAGAGAUACUUUGACGUAUCAGCGCCCGGCCAUGGACGUCUUCAAAGCCAUCUUCGCGAGCGAUGAGGAGGACUCUGAUGAGGAAGAGGAUGCCACGGAUCUCCAACAGCCUGCACCAUCCACGGACCUGUUGGCAUCGACAUCUACGCAGCAGGAUGCCCCUCGACAUCUCCUCGCGGCCGGGUCAACACAAGUGCCACACGAGCCCAAGACAAGCGCGCUUCCCGUCUCUGAAGAACCAGAGAAGGUCGACCUCACGACGUUUAAGCCGAUGUUCGUCCCGCGUGGUGAGCGAGAGGCGCGGAAGGACAAAGACAAGACGAAGGACAAGAAGAAGAAGAAGGCUGCGCCUCUCGUGUCGUUCGACGCCGAGGAUGAGGGCCUGCAGAUCGAUGUUAGUGCCGCGAAGCGCAGGGAUAAGCACAAGAGCAAGGAUAAGGGCAAGGAACGCGAGAAAGACGAAGAUGGCGAGCGCAAGAAGAAACGAAAGAGGAAGGGCGCGGAGGAUGGGGAGGACGACAGCAUGUGGAUCGAGAAGCCCCCGCCGGAAGUCGCGCAGAGCUUGCCUGUCGACGAUGUCCCGAGUGAGCCUCCGCUGGAAGUAGACACCGAGAGUGUUGCGGGCCUGCAGAGGGGGCGAAAGCGUGCCAUUGACUUCAUGUGACGCCCGCGAUAUCUCUUGUAUAUCAUCGGACUGUUCUAUCGGUCCUUGCCUGC